AUGCUUACUCAGUUCCUAGCCUCGUCGUGCCAACAGAAGGAUAGUGUAGAGAAACCGGCCACAGAAUUGGCACCGCCUGCAGCGUCUGUCUCCAAGGAAGAUGCACCAUUAGCAGACCCGCCUGUUCUCCGCCCUUUAACCUCACUAAAAUGGCCGUAUGUUCCUGAAGAGUCGGCAUAUCCAGAUCCAUUAAAGCGGGACGAUCCCAAAGUGCUACAACUUCACCAAUACGAGGCCAUUGCUACAUCCCCCAAGGUCAGAGAGGUACUAGCAAAACACGAAAACCUACCAGCCCUGCUCCAGUCUAUCGACAAACUACGCGGACGGGAGCGUGAAGAAGAGCUGCAAAAGGCCCUCGGAGUCACCGCCGAAGAUGUGAGUGGCCGCCUGGAACCCAAGGAGCUCAGCGAGGACGUCCUAGCCCUGAGGGAACUAGCAGAGGCCAUCGAAGCCGCAGUUCGAGGGGAAAACCCCUCCGCACUGGGUUUGAAUUGGGAAAGCCUCCUCGAAUAA